AUGGCUGCCUUUGUGGCCGUGCCAAGCUCCGCCGCAAGCAACACCGCCUUGCGUGGCAGCCUGACCCAUGUCCCGCAGGCCCCUCCGAGCCCUGCCCCAGCAGCUUCUCUUGCAGUUAAGGGAGCCCUGGGCGUCGCGGCCGUGGGUGCCGCCGUGGCCGCGGGGACCCGCCGCAAGCACCGGUCUGCGCUUGCAGGUGCAGCUACCGUGACCAAGCUCGCGAAGACGCGGUCUCUUACAGAUGCGAAGGUUGUCGUAUGCGCAGGUGCUAUGCUCCCAGAGGGGCGUAAGCUGCGCGUGGCCGUCAUCGGCGGUGGCCCGGCCGGCGCGAGCACAGCGGAUGCCUUGGCUCAGGAGGGCAUCGAGACUUACCUCAUCGAGAGGAAGCUGGACAACUGCAAGCCCUGCGGCGGGGCCAUCCCUCUGUGCAUGAUCGAGGAGUUCGAUCUGCCCAAGGACAUCGUGGACCGCCAGGUUCGCAAGAUGACCAUGAUCUCUCCCACGAACAAGGAGGUGCAGAUUGGCCAGACCCUGAAGGACGAUGAGUUCAUCGGCAUGGUGCGCCGCGAGGUGCUUGACGACUUCCUCCGCCAGAGGGCCAAGCAGAACGGCGCCACGCUGAUCAACGGCCUCUUCAUGGGCAUGACGAUUCCUCAGAGCAAGGAAGAGUCUUAUGUGCUGACCUACAACGACUUCGGUGAGGCCGAGGGCAGUGCACGCAAAGGCGAGAAGAAGACCUUGGAAGUCGAUGUCGUGGUCGGAGCUGAUGGUGCCAACAGCCGCGUGGCCAAAGACAUCGAAGCUGGCGACUAUGAGUAUGCCAUCGCGUUUCAGGAGCGCAUGCGCAUCCCAGAUGGCAAGAUGGACUACUACAAGGACCGCGCUGAGAUGUACGUUGGCGAUGAUGUCUCGCCGGACUUCUAUGCCUGGGUCUUCCCCAAGUGCGACCACGUAGCUGUGGGCACCGGAACCGUGGUGGACAAGAAGGGCAUCCAGCAGUACCAGCAGGGCAUCCGCGACCGGGCAGCUGUGCGCAUCGAGGGUGGUGAGAUCAUCCGCGUCGAAGCCCACCCGAUCCCUGAGCACCCACGCCCAUGGCGUGUGAAGGACAGGGCAAUCCUCGUCGGCGACGCGGCCGGCUACGUGACCAAGUGCUCCGGCGAGGGCAUUUACUUCGCUGCCAAGAGCGGCCGCAUGUGCGCAGAGACCAUUGCCAAGAGCUCGAAGCAGGGUGUGCGCAUGAUCGAUGAGGCUGACCUCAUGGAGCACAUUCGCGAGUGGGAUUCGAAGUAUGGCCCCACCUAUCUGGUUUUGGACUUGCUGCAGAAGGUGUUCUACACCAGCGAUGCCGCUCGUGAGAGCUUCGUAGAGCUCUGUGAGGAGGAGUAUGUGCAGAAGGUGACCUUCGACUCGUACUUGUACAAAACUGUGCAGGGCAACGACCCUAUGGGUGAUCUCAAGCUUGGCUGGAAGACGCUCAGCUCCUUGUACAAGUUCAACAACUCGGAGCCCGACAAGAUGCGAACCCUUGCGUAA